AUGAUGUACAGUCGUCUUGAGAAUGAGAAUCAAUCUUUAUGUAAUUCUUUAUCAUCAUCUUUGACAUCUCCGACAGUAAUCCUCCAUCAUCACCACCACCCAGAUCAUCACGGUCAUCAACAUCAGCAACAGCAACAACUAUCACAAAUUGCACGACCACAACAUCUUAAAACUUAUCAACAUAAUUCGCAUCGUUUUGAUCAUCAUCAUCACCAUCAACAACGAGAGGAAUUGUGUCAUUCGGAUCCCAUACCAUUUUAUCACUAUAGUCCCAUGUUAUCAUGGAAUCAAACAGAUUCACCGUCACAAUCAUUACCUUCUAAUUCAUUGAUGUUUCUUACAUCAAAUAAAGAUUUUCCUUUACAAUCCGAGCAAAACGUACUGGAAUCUAAUCCAAGUUUGGAUGUAUCAAGUCAACAUCGUUCAUGUCCAAAUCAUUAUCAUCCUCACCAACAAUUAAGUGGAUUAAAUAUUAAAGAUAGAAAGCCAUGUGAUAUAUGUGGUGAUGUAGCUGCCGGUUUUCAUUGUAAUGCAUAUGUCUGUGAAGCAUGCAAGAAAUUUUUUAUUCGUAGUUCAAAAGGAGAGAAUUUCACUAAAUAUACAUGUACCAAGUCGAAUACAUGUGAAAUCAAUAAAGAUACACGUACACAUUGUCAGCGAUGUCGUUAUCAAAAGUGUAUACGAUUAGGCAUGGUAUUACCGGGAGCUGCGGUGUUUCCAGUUACUGAUAUAUCAGAAAUACCAUGCCGUGUUUGUGGCGCCAAAUCAUCUGGAUUCCAUUUUGGUGCAAUAACAUGUGAGGGUUGUAAGGGUUUCUUUCGACGAACAAUUAAUGAACGAGAAAGUCAACGCUACACUUGCAGAAAUGGAGGUAAUUGUGCUGUUACCGGUGCUACAAGAAAUAAUUGUAAAAGUUGUCGAUACCGUAGAUGUUUAGCUGUUGGUAUGUCAAAACAUGGCAGUCGUAUCGGUCGUCAACCUAAUGCCAUUAAACAUCGUUGUGCCGUUGAAAUUGAACAAAUUCGAUCAGCAGUAUCCAAUUCAACUGUAUAUUCUAAACAAUAUUCGAAAUCCAAUUGUCCAGUAAUUUCAAAUUACCAUUCAUCAUAUAAUUUAUUAUCCCCAAUAAAUAAUCCAUUACAUAAACUGAAUGAUACAUUAAAUCAAGACCAUUAUGAAUAUAAAAUUAAUAAUAAUAAUAAUAAUAAUAAUAAUAAUAAUAAUAAUAAUAAUAAUAAUAAUAAUAAUAAUAAUAAUAAUAAUAGUAAAGAGAGUAUGAUUUCAAACCAGAACUGCUUAAAUCAAUCCACCAUAAAAACUACAGAUUUGACACAUUUAAUUACAACACCUUAUCAACAGUCUUCAACUAUAGAAUCAAAUAUCAAUGUAAAACUUACAGAACAAGAUAAUGAAUUACAUCAAUUAAGUGAUAAUGAUAAUAAUCUACGAAUACCGUCAAAAGUAGAUUUUACAUCAUUAUACCAACAUUGUACACCUUCAGUACAUAUCCAAACAAUUUGUCAUCAAGAUUCAAAUGAAAUACAAUUCUGUGAAAAUAAUUGUUUAUCUAGUCAGGAUGAUGAAUUCAUCGUUAAUCCCACAUCACAACUAUCCUCAACUUUGACUAAUUCUGAAGCAAUGAUUUUAGUUACAACAGGAACAUCACCUCAUCUUCCACCACCACAACCACCACCGGCAAUGAAUACUACUAUCAUGGUAACAAAAUCAAUGCCAGAAAGUGUAGAUUGUUUAAAUAAACAAAAAGAAUUUAAUGAAUUAAUAAAUAAUAAUUAUUCGUCAAUUGGUUUAAUAAAUUUGUCUAGAGCAGCACAAUUCUAUAGUCAACAUGAAAAAGAUUUUCCAAUACAUCAUUCAAUCAAUAUUGAUAAACAACAAUCGAAUGAUUCAUAUGAAUUAACUGAACAAGAUCAUAAUAAACCAAUAUUUCAUCAUUUAAAUCAUAAUGAUUGUAAUAAAUUUUCUAAUUCAACAAUCAUAACUGAAUAUAAUGAUGUACAGAAUGAAAAUUAUUUAACUAAUAUUUAUGAAGAAGAAUGCCAAGAUCUAUGUUCAUUGCCUACUAUUAAACAAUUGAAUACUUCUCCUAUUGUUGUUAUGAAUAAUAAUACUGACAGUAAUAAUAUUUACAAUAAUGAUAAUACAGUAGUUCAAAAUAAACGAUGUUUAUUUAAAAAUCUACAUUCAUCAUUCACUUCCUCAGGUAGUAGUCAAUAUUAUUAUUCACCGUCAAAAUCUUUUUUAAAUCGAUAUCAUACAUCGGUUUCAGUUAAACCGAAAUUAUGUAAUCAAACAAGUUAUCAAGAAGAUAAUUGUCAAAAUUCAAAGUUAUUAUUUCAAUUUAAUGUAGAUAAAUAUCAACAGAUGAAUAAUACUGAUAGUAUUUUAGAAAAUUUCACUACAUCUAGACUACAUAAAGUCAUCAAAGAUGAUUCAAUAAACAAUUAUUCCUGUAAUAAUAAUUCAGUUAAACAAGAGGAUGUUAUAGGGAAUGAAAACCAAACUAUGACGUCUAAUAUGUCAUCUGAAUGGACAGAUAAUAUAAAUCUACGAAGGAAGUGGAUCCAUAUGCCUAAAAAUUCAAAACUAUAUACAACUUAUAAUAAACCAAUAUUUAAUGAUUCAACAGAAUCAUUAAUAACACCAUCAACGUAUCAAUUAAAUAUAUCACAAGAUAAAACUGAUUUCCCAAUAUAUUCAAACAAAAAAGAUUAUGAAUACACAUAUGAAUUAGGUGAUAAUGAUGAAAGAAAUCGAAUGAAAUAUAGACAAACUAGUGGUAGUAGUAGUAGUUUAUUAGAAUCACCAAUUAUAAUUAUUGAUAAUCAAUUGUCUACUUAUGAAGAUGAUCAAAUUAAUAAUAGAUCAAUUGGUCCUAAUCAAAAGCAAUAUGAUCAACAACAGCAACCUCGAUUAUUAAAUUUAUUAGAGAAAAUUGAUGUAGAUAAAGAAUUCAUGAUGGAACAGUUAAAAUCAACUAAUACUACUACUUAUUCAAGUUUAAAUAAAUGUAUAGAAGAAAUUCCUAGCAUUGAUUCGAUCAAAGCUCAUUAUUCUUAUAAUACUUCAAAUAAUAUGUACGGAAUGGUUUGUAAUAAUGAAUAUGAAUCAACUUAUAGUAAUAAUAAUAAUAUCAAUAAUGAUACAAUAACUAAUACAUCUGUAAAUAAUAAUCUAACAUUUUCAAGAAUGUCAUCAUCACAGUUAAUUCCAAUAGCAAAUGAUAUAUUGAACACAUCAAAUUACCUGGAUUUUUAUAUGACCAACAAAUAUACUGAUGAUAAUUCAGAUGAAUACAAUGAAUCAAAUUUACAGUCAAAUCGAAGCAUAUCUGAUUUUCAUAAUUCAUCCGUGCAUUUGCAAUCUUCUAACAUUACAAAUGAAUGCAAUGAAACAAUACACCUAUUAAGGUUAAAUAAUCAGUCUACUCGAAACGAUGAGCUUCUUCGGAAUAUUAGAAAUGCUGCAUUUCAGUUACUUCAUUGUCAGUGUAAAUUACCUGAAAAUCUACACUUCUUAGAUGAAACUAAACAGAAUCCAGAAAUUCUAUGGCACAGUUUAAUGAAAUAUUUUGAAAGUCAUAUUUAUGAAAUUAUUCAAUUUGCCCAAUCUAUCCCUAGUUUCCAAGAACUUUCAGAGUAUGAUAUGAAAAUUUUAAUUCAACAAAGUAUCUAUCCAAUUAUUUUAAUUCAAUUAUCUCAAGAUUUCAGUAAUAAUAAAACAAAGGAAUAUUUUUAUUUGAAUAUUCAAAGUCAAACAAGCUUGAUAAAUCAAUUCUCAGUGUGUAAAAUAUUAUUUGAACAAAUUAAUUUAACAAACAAAUUAUUGAAAUCAUUAAAUUUAAAUGAAACAGAAAUUGGUUUAUUAUGCUGCGUUGAAUUAUUUCACGGAGAUGGAAAAUGUUUGAAUGAACCAAUAAAAGUAUAUGAAACUUAUCAAACAAUUCUUCAAUUAUUAAAAGAAUAUGAAACAAAUCAGUUCAAUUCAGAGAAACGUUUUUAUAAAAUAAUGUCUAUUAAACAUAAUUUAGAUAGAAUGAAUAAAGAACAUCAAGAAAUAUUAAAAAUACUUAAAUAUAAAAACAAUUAUUUACCAUUUUCUGAUUUAUAUAUUCAAUUAUUUCAAUUAAAUGAAUUACAACAUUUGAAUCGGAGAUCAUUUCCAAUAGUUACAUCAUAA